AGUUCCCGACUGGGCGUCCGGGCAUUCAGACCGCUCGCAAGGAUAACGCGCAAGGAUCCGAGCGAACGCGACGAGUAAAUAAAGCAUAAAUAAUACAAUUAAAAGUUGAGCGCGCUCCCUUCGCAAAGGACAUUCCCACACUUGUAGCCCACUUCCUUCGGGCAGUGCAACACAAAAGUGCAGUCAUUAAUUAAUUUAAUGCAUAUGUACCCCAUCCUGGCAGCACAAGAGUCGAGCCAAGCCGACGAUAUCCUAUAAAGCGAGUGAGUGAAAAGUGUUCGACGAAGCGUUUAAAGGACCGCGCUGUUUGCCGUGUGCGAUGCCCAUAACAACGGGCUUCGCGAUUGCCUUUUAAGGUGGGGCGAUUAAGUCACGCUCCUCCGUAUCAGCGGCAUCGCCAGAACAGGAACUCGGGGCAUUGACACUGCGGUUUUAGUGCUCAAACUAAAAAUGUGAAAGGAGAACAUUAAAUCCUGACAUGACAUACCAAGAGGUGUUAUAUCAUUCCAAGUUCCGCGCUCUUAAAUCCUUGAACAUAUCGAAGCACUAGAUACCACCGAUAGCACCAUGUUCCCACCCAGUUCUGAAGGACACAUCCGAGUGUCUCGACGUGACUAGGCCAAGCAGGCCCCACAGAUUAUAAUCCCCAAGGGGACCAGGUCAUCAGGAUGCACCAGGUACUCAGCUACGAGACGGCGGUGCGGGCCAACAGCUCUCGGGAGUUCCGCGAGUACGUUUCCAAGCGCACCUGUGCCUCCCUGGUGCUAACGAUUGGCUUCUUCAUGCUGAUAACAGGAUACUUGCUCGGUAAUUUUGUGGCCGAGCGCAAGUACCACAUUCGCCAGAUGACGAAAGACGGCGGCAGGUCCGUGAAACUGAGCAGCGCCGAGUAUGCCAGCCUGCAGGAGCUGCAAUCAUAUCAGAAGGCCAAGGAUCAGCUGUUGCUGGCCGCCCAGGAGCUGGACAAGCUGCAGCAGCAGGACGAGAGCGAGCGGUAUCUGGCCACGUCGCUGAACACGGAGAUCUUCAACAGGUACAUAUCCUGCACGCAGGAUAUACCGCCCAACACGAACAUUGCGGCCAGUCAGUUCACGGAACAGCUGAUCGACAACACGGUGGCCAGGCAGCGCCACUGCUUGAUGAUCAUCCAGCGGGUCAUCGACAACCACCUGGCCAACAGCCAGCUCUAGAGCUCUAGGGCGGAUGCCAGCGAUGGUUUAGCGGGCCAAUGUUCGACAUUUGACAUUUAUGUGUGUAUGUGCUUUUAGGUGUGCUCAAUGUGUGUGCUCCCAGCUAAUUAGAAAUUAGGUUUUGUAAUUCAUUGUGAAAGUAUUAGAUCACACAAGUUUUUUAUACAUGUCUGCAUUAAAAGUUAAACUUU